GCAAAAUCAAAAAGGAUAAAAAACCAAAAGAAAAAUCAAAUGAAGAAGUGGUAUCCGAACAACCAAGUGCAACAGAUAUAACUGAAACAACGGAAAUCAUGGAAACUGUUCAAGAAAUUGAAACUCCAGAAGGCAAGAAAAAACUUGUCAAAAAGGUAAAGAAAACAAAGAAAAUUGACGAAACAAAACCAACAGAUGAAAUAAAACCAGACGAAACAAUCGAAUCAAUAGAAGAGAUUGAAACAUCAGAAGGUAAAAAGACAGUCCUCAAAAAGAUAAAGAGAUCCAAAACCAAAUUGGAAAAAGAAGAAAGUGAACCAGACAUCGAAUCCGAAGUUGGCGUGGAAACCAAGAAAAAGUUGGUUAAAAAAUUAACAAAACCAAAAGAACCAACAGCAGAAUUACAUGAAAAACCUGAACAAAAAGAAAUUACAGAAGAAACGACAGUCAUUGUGACUGAGGAAAUCAUCGAACUUCCCGAUGAAGAACAAAAACCAGAAGAUGAAACGAAACUCGUUGAAGAAAAACCGAAAAAGAAGAAAGUCAUCAGACGAAAAUCCAAACCAGAUGCUUUGGAAACUAAACCCGAUGAAGAGACGAAAAUUAUCACUGAAGAAAUGAUUGACUUGAAACCAACAGAUGAAAUUUUGGAAGAAAAAGCUCCAGAAGAUGAAAUUCAACCAGACAUUGAAUCAGAAGUUGAUGUUGAAACAAAGAAAAAAUUGAUAAAAAAAUUAACAAAACAAAAAGAACCAACAGCUGAUUUACAGGAAGCUGAGGAAAAAGAAAUAACCGAAGAAACAACAGUCAAUGUCACCGAGGAAAUUAUCAAACUUCCUGAUGAAGAGCAAAACCCAGAGGAAGAAAUUCCAGAAGAGAAAUGCGAAGAAGGUAAAUCGAAAAAACCUUCAAAGAAAAAAGUCAUCAGACGAAAAUCCAAACCAGAUGCUUUGGAAACUAAACCCGAUGAAGAGACGAAAAUUAUCACUGAAGAAAUGAUUGACUUGAAACCAACAGAUGAAAUUCUCGAAGAACAAGCUCCAGAAGAAGAAAUUCAACCUGACAUUGAAUCCGAAGUUGGAGUUGAAACAAAGAAGAAAUUGGUUAAAAAAUUAACAAAACCAAAAGAACCAUCAGCUGAUUUACAUGAAGCUGAGGAAAAAGAAAUUACCAAGGAAACUACAGUCACUGUGACCGAGGAAAUCAUCGAACUACCUGAUGAAGAAGGUGAAAAAUCCGAAGAUGAAACUAAACCCGUUGAAGAUAACCGAAAAGAAAAAGUCAUCAGACGAAAAUCUAAACCAGAUGUGAAGGAAGAAGAGAAACUAGAAAAACCUUCAGAAAUGGCAGAGGAAGAAAAAGUUGUGGAUAAAUUGAAAGAUGAAAAAAGACCAUCAAAGAAAAUCAAAAAAGAUAAGAAACCUGAAGAUGUAACAGACGAAUUACAACCUGGAGUUGAAACUAAAAAAGUAACCGAAACAUUUGAAAAAACUUCACCCGAAGAAACGACAGAACAACCUGGUGAAAUUGAAAAAACCGAAUCGGUUGAUAUUGAAAUCACUACAGAAGAAAUAACCAAAGAGAAAAAGAAAGGCGUUAGAAAAAUAAAACCAAGACGACAAGAAGAUAUUGUGAAAGGUGAAACUAAACCUGAUGAUGAAGUUGUCGAAGAGGAAGAUAAACCUGAAAAAGAAGAGGAGAAUGUAAUUGAAGGAAAAGACGAACCUAUAAAACCUGAAGACGAAACCAAGCCUGAAAUUGAUGAACAAUUGGUAGAAGAAAAACCAAAGAAAACAAAGAAAUUGAAACCUAAAAAAUCAACGGAAAAACCAGAAGAUGAGGAUAAAGUCAUCACUGAAGAAGUGAUUUCUAUAAAGCCAACCGAUGAAAUUUUGGAAGAAAAAGCUCCAGAAGAUGAAAUUCAGCCUGACAUCGAAUCCGAAGUUGGCGUGGAAACCAAGAAAAAAUUGGUUAAAAAAUUAACGAAAUCAAAAGAACCAACAGCUGAAUUGCAGGAUGCCGAUGAAAAAGAAAUAACCGAAGAAACUACAGUCAUUGUGACUGAGGAAAUCAUCGAAUUACCAGAUGAAGAAGUUGAAAAACCAGAGGAUGAAACGAAAACCGAUGAAGAUAAACCGAAAAAGAAGAAAAAAGUAAAGAAACAAAUCACAGAACAAGUGAUUGAAGUGAUCGAAAUCUAUGAAGUAGUUGAAUCAAUUCCAACAGUUGAAAUAAUCGAAGGCAAGAAGAAAAAGGUUCAUAAAAUAAAGAAAAUCAAAAAACCAGAAGCCAUUGAACCGAUUGAAUAUAAAGAAGAACCAGAAGAUCAAGUGAUUCUGGAUUCAGAAGAUAAACCAGAAAAAGUCAUCCGAAAAAUUAAAAAAGACAAAAAACCGAAGCCAGGUGAUGAGUUGAUACCCGAACAGCCAACUGAUACCACUGAAACAACGGAAAUCAUUGAAACUGUUCAAGAAAUAUAUACACCAGAAGGUAAAAAGAAAGUUGUCAAAAAAGUCAAAAAGACAAAGAAAACUGAUGAAACCACUCCAAUUACUGAUAAAAUUGAAUUCGUUGAAGAAGAUAAACCAGAAGAAAUCACGGAAUCAAUAGAGGAGAUUGAAACGCCAGAAGGCAAAAAGACUGUCCUCAAAAAGGUUAAAAAAUCCAAAAUCAAAGUUGAAGAGGAAGAAGAAAUGAAACCAGAAGAAACAAAGACGAAAAAGCCGAGAAAAUUAAAACCCAAAAAUCCUACUGAGGACGAUGAAAAAGCAAUCACUGAAGAAAUGAUUGACUUGAAACCAACAGAUGAAAUUCUCGAAGAACAAGCUCCAGAAGACGAAAUUCAGCCCUGCAUUGAAUCUGAAGUAGGUGUUGAAACCAAGAAAAAAUUGGUUAAAAAAUUAACGAAACCAAAAGAACCAACAACUGAAUUGCAGGAUUCCGAUGAAAAAGAAAUAACCGAGGAAACAACAGUCACUGUCACCGAGGAAAUCAUCGAACUACCAGAUGAAGAAGGUGAAAAACCAAAAGAUGAAACUAAACCAGAUGAAGAAAAACCGAAAAAGAAAAAAGUCAUCAGACGAAAAUCCAAACCAGAUGGUUUGGAAACUAAACCCGAUGAAGAGACGAAAAUCAUCGCUGAAAAAUUGAUUGCCUUGAAACCGACAGAUGAAAUUCUCGAGGAACAAGCUCCAGAAGAAGAGAUACAACCUGACAUCGAAUCCGAAGUCGGUGUUGAAACCAAGAAAAAAUUGGUUAAAAAAUUAACGAAAACAAAAGAACCAACAGCUGAUUUACAUGAAGCUGAUGAAAAAGAAAUAACCGAAGAAACAACAGUCACUGUCACCGAGGAAAUCAUCGAACUUGCAGAUGAAGAAGUUGAAACUAAACCAGAUAAAGAUGAAGAAAAGCCUAAAAAGAAGAAAAAAGUAAAGAAACAAAUCACAGAACAAGUGAUUGAAGUGAUCGAAAUUUAUGAAGUAGUUGAAUCUAUUCCAGCAAUUGAACAAGUUGAUGGCCAAAAGAAAAAGAUUCAUAAAAUCAAGAAAAUCAAAAAGCCUGAAGACCAACAACCGAUCGAGUACAAAGAAGAACCAGAAGACCAGAUAAUUCUGGAUUCAGAAGAUAAACCAGAAAAAGUUAUUCGUAAAGUCAAAAAGGACAAAAAACCAAAGAAAGUCCAACCAGAUGAAGAUGUGAUUGAACCUGAACAACCCAGUGAAAAGGAAAUCACUGAAACGGAGACCAUUGAAACUGUUCAAGAAAUCGACACACCAGAAGGUAAAAAGAAAAUCGUCAAAAAAGUGAAAAAGACAAGGAAAACUGAUGAAACCACACCAAUCACCGAUAAAAUUGAACUCGUUGAAGAAGAAGAUAAAGCAAGAAAUCACCGAAUCAAUAGAAGAGAUUGAAACACCAGACGGUAAAAAGACUGUUUUGAAAAAAGUCAAAAAAUACAAAAAACCAAAAGAAAAACCACUUGAUGAAGAAUCAAAUCCA